UCCAUUAAAGGCUGUGGUUUUCAAUCAUCACUCCUCCCUCUGCCGUACAGACUCCUCUCUCUACCUCGCUCUCCCCUUGGGUAAAAUCUCUCUGCAAUUUCCUCGUUUCGUCUCCAUUGUUAUUAAUGUAAUCUCAAAACCCUACAUUAUUCGUUCCUCUUGUGCGCCAGAUGUGUGUGUAGGUGUGUCUCUACUGUUUCUGGUCUAUUGUACGUGUUUUUAAGUAUGUAGCUUCUUAAUGUGGAUGACCUGCUCACGCAUUCUCUUGCAUUUUCAUAAUCUCGAGCUACUUUCUUUUUAUUUUGCCGUUUCUGAUUUGAAAAUCGCGAGAUUUUUUUUAGGUUUUUGUCGUUUUUUUGUGAAUUCUGGUAAUGGCAUUGUACCUUCCUGCUAGGGUUUGUGAUUCGUCUUUUUUCUUGUGUGUUGUUUCUUUUUUUGUAAUGUGGAGAGGGAGGAAAUGUAUAUGCAUGUUGUAAUGUGGUGUGGUUUUAAUGCGGGUUUAUUUAUUUAUUUUAUUUUGAAUUCGCGUAUUGUGAUAAAUAGUAGUAACUCAUUUGAUGACAUUUUAUUGUUUCUUUUGUUGAGCUUUCUUGGUUGCGCAAAGAUUUGGUGAAGGCACCGGAAGGCAACGAUGAGUAACGAAGAAGAGAAGAAGUGUCCACUUUGUGCUGAGGAGAUGGAUUGGACUGACCAGCAGUUCAUGCCCUGCAAAUGUGGUUAUCAGAUAUGUGUUUGGUGUUGGCAUCACAUAAUAGACAUGGCAGAUAAAGAUGCAACAGAGGGGCGAUGUCCUGCUUGUCGGACAAUCUAUGAGAAGGAGAAAAUUGUUGCAAUGCAAGCAAAUUGUGAAAGGUCAAUGUCAAAAGUUUCUAACAGGAAAACUAAACAACCAAAGGCCAAGCCAAAGGCUACUGAAGUAAAGAAGGAUUUGACAAAUAUCAGAGUGAUUCAACGGAAAAUGGCGUAUGUGAUUGGACUACCUCUUAGUCUGGCUGAUGAAGAUUUGUUGCUGCGGAAUGAUUAUUUUGGUCAGUAUGGGAAAGUGACUAAGGUCUCACUUUCACGGACUGCUGGUGGGGCCAUUCAACAGUUUAUCAAUGAUACAUGUAGCGUAUACAUAACAUAUGCAAAAGAGGAGGAGGCGUUGCGAUGUAUUCAAUCAGUUCAUGGUUUUGUCCUGGAAGGUAGAUUUUUAAGAGCAUCGUUUGGAACUGCAAAAUACUGUCAUGCUUGGCUAAAAAACAUGCCUUGCAACAAUCCUGCUUGUUUAUAUUUGCAUAGUAUUGGGGCCGAUGAAGACAGUUUUGGAAAAGAUGAGGUUGCUGCAGUUCACACAAGGAGUAGAGUUCAACAAAUUGUUGGUGCUGCCAACAAUGUCAUAAAGCGCUCUGGCACUGUGCUACCUCCUCCGUUAGAUGAUGUCCAUAUUAGUUCUAAUACUUUUAGUGAUAAAUCUACCACAAGAAGUAGCAUAUCCGAUGGAGCUCAUGGUUCUGGCGAUAGCACCAGUGAUGUGCAUCCCUGUAAAGACAAGGAAGGACCUAUUGCACUACCCCAGAAAAUGUCGUCUUUUGUAGACAUUGUUGGGCGGUCUGGUUCUGCUGCUCCAGAAAAAGAUGGAACUAAUCCUGAAGAUCGGAGGAUUCUUGAUUUAUGUUCUGAAUUAUCUUCAAUCACAGUUGGUGGUGAAAUGCUUGCAGAAGCCUCAUAUUCUGUUCCUUCCCUUUUUAAGGUCCCCUCUUCUGAUCAUGGUGCAAAUGGGUUUAUAAAUAGUGCAGAAAAACCCCUCGGAGGAGAUUCUUUGUCACAUAGUCACAGAUAUAAGGGCACAUGUGGUUCAAGUCAUGGGGCUUCUUUUCUUCAUCCAUUCUGUACUUCUCACGAUUUGGAGGAUUCUGAUGGUGGUGCAUUACACAGAAAGGCACCUAGUCUGACUGGUUUUACUCUGGAUCACAAUCCUGUAAAUAUUCAAGAUAAUGAGGCUUCUUUACCUAUCAGAUGUGUAAAUUCCAUAUCUAAUGACUCAUGCCAGGAGAUGAAGUUUCAGAAUUCUGCUAAAUCUGAUAGAAUAUAUAGAAGUUCCCAGUCAUUUUCCAAUGAAGAAAUAGUUGAGCACUUACGGAGAAUAGAUAAUGAUAACUUGCACAAUGAUGAUCAAAAUUCUGUUUCAGAUGCUGUAAAGAGCAGUAUAAUUUCAAAUAUUAUGUCGAUAGAUUUUGAUUCAUGUGAAGAUUCUUUGGGAAUGCCUAAUGGUUUAUCCAGGUUACUUGAUGAAACUGAAGUGUUGGGUGGUUCUUCUUGGAGUUCCCUAAAUAGUGAUCAAUCGGGCUACUCAUUUUCCAAACAAGAUGGCUUUGCGAGUCAAGUGGCUGCCUCUAUCCUUCCGGAAUAUGGAGAUAUCAAGGAGCCAUACUUGUGCAAGCCUCAGUUUCCAGUAAAUAGAGCUCAUAGUUUGGCUCCACCUGGAUUCACGAUGCCCUCCAGAGAUCCGCCUCCUGGGUUUUCCAACUGCGAAAAAACUGGCUCUUUGCCCCGCCCUUCAGUGUUACCCUGCGGAAAAAGUAACCAAACAAAUGGUUUUCAAAACACAAUGUUUGAAGCUAGGCCAUCCGGUACUCAUGGGUUAAAUGCAUUUGAGGACGAGUCCAGAUUUUUGCUUAUGAUGCAACAGUCUGCAUCUGCAUGUCAAGACUCCAACUUCUCUCAUAUCUUUGCACCCCAGAUUCAACCCUCGCAGCAGGGCCUGAGUUUUGUCGGUGGUCAGAAUGGCAUGACCGGACUAAAUGAUGUAUAUGGCCUAUCCUCAAGACUACCUGAUGAAAAUCAAAAUCAUGGUCCAUCAUUCUUCACCCAGAUGGAAAAGUAUGGAAAUGGGCAUGGCUCUAAUAGCAAUGGUUUUGAUGGGUUGCAACAUAAAGGUGAGUCGGGGUUGGCAGAAGUUCAGAGAAACGAGAGACUAGGAGCGAAUUACUUUCCUGGGUAUGGAGGAGAUCUAAUGUUUAGUUCAGGCGAUGUAUACACCAAAGUGUUUGGACUGUAGUCGAUGAUCGGAUCUCGUUGCAGAAACUCUGUAGUUUGGGCAAAAAAUGAAGUGUAUUAAGAUCGAUCCAACGGAGUGCCCCACCUUUAAUCUUGUUCGCCAUAAUUUCUGCUCUCUUCCUCGAUAUGCAUAUGUUGAUUAUGUCAUCUUAUACAUGUGUUAGAGAUAGAUCAACGUCUAAUGACAGAAUCUCUUUUAAGUUUGUUGGGAAAAAGGAUAUGAUGCUUUCAACUUUUUUUAAGACACUCCCCUCACCGCUGCCACGUCUCCUCCCCCUCUCCACCGCCGCCUUCUCCUUCCGUCGUUGCUCGGAUUUGCGUGUGCUCAUGGGAGUGUCCCUCAAUUUUUAAAUGCUAGACAUAAGGUAGUAUUUCAGCUUAUUCUUUUUUUUUUUCCCUCAAACAUCAUCACGGCGGGGUUUAGGCAGACUCCCAACCUGUAUGUAUCAAAACAUCCAAGAAACAUUGAGGAAAUCGGAUUUCUAGGCUAUUUGGCCUUUAAAAUUACGUAAAUGUACCCAUUUUGUUAUCAA